UUUUUUUUAUUGAGAGCCCAAGAAUCCUCUCUUCCCCUUUCUCUCUUUCUUCUUUGAGAUCUUUAAUUUAAUUUCAAUGGCUUCAUUUCCUCAUUUCUACUCUGAUCUUCUUUAUCCCAACAAUCUUUCUGAUCUUCAGAGCCUAUUAAUGGCUGUUGGAGACACUGGAAUGUGUGACCUUAGAAACAACAACAACAACAAUAUCGACUUUUCUCUAAGGGAAGAAACUUUCGUUCCUUCCUUUGAUCAAACCGUGUCACCCGAGCAAUCCUCGUCUGAUACCCUAUCGCCCCUCCUAACAAUGCAGUAUCCUGACCUAUAUGGGUCGGUCUCUGAUAUGGCCGUCCCGUCGUUGCCCGAGUUUAACACGAUGAGUACGUACGACAUUCAUAGCUUAAUCAGCAACAAUCAACCACAAGUUCCUGGUACAUGCAAUUACAGCGAGGAGUUCUUAGGCUUUGUGCCUGAAUUGAAGCCCCUAUACCGCGACACCUGGGGAAGUCAGAGUAGAUAUGAAAUGCAAGGAGUGGAAGAAACAAAUAUUAAGGUGGCAAGUCGCUACUCAGAAGAAGAAAGGAAAGAAAGGAUUGUCAGAUAUUUGAAAAAGAGAAACCAGAGAAAUUUCAACAAAACCAUCAAGUAUGCAUGUAGGAAAACCCUAGCAGACAGAAGAACAAGAGUACGAGGAAGAUUUGCUCGCAACAAUAAUGAACUUUGUGACACUGAUGAAAUCCCUCUCAAAACCAACAAAUUAACUACCCCCACUCACAACCUAAUUAAACAAAGAGAUCAAAUGAACAAGGAAGAAGAAGAGAGCUGGCUGCAAGAAUUGGCAGCAAGUUUAAUGUAUUUACCUUAUGUGACAAAUUAUGGAAUGUAAUUUGAGUAAAAAAUUAUUACUCGUGUAAAAUAAACUAACUAUUUAAAAAUGACCUUUUUUUUUGGGGGUGGGGUUUCAACAAAUUGAUUGCUUUUUAAGAUGUGCUUAUGUAAUCUCUGACUCUGUGUGUGUUGCUAGUCAGGGUCCCUUUGGAGUUUGACCAAGCUUCCCAUGAGUUGCUAAUUACUACCUAAUCAUAAAUAUAUGUGCAAAAAACAAAACAAAAAAGGUUAAUUAAGAUCUCA